GAUAUUUUUCCAUUCGUUUUGGUGGGUGACAGCUGUUUGUUGGUUUGAAGAACGCCAAAGCAGUGGGAAAAUCUCUGAAUAUUGAAAGCGACAAGCGGCAAGCUCCCGCGCAAUCGGCCGAAUCAUCAAAUUUCUAAGUGGCGUUGCUCAUCGUGUUCUUCUCUGUCUCUCUUUACAGUUUGGAAGUCCAAAGAAGCCCGCAGAAGUCUUCAGAAGCAGUUAUAAUUGCAGUUCUACUUGCGUUUGAAAAGUUUGAAGAGAAAAACAAAAAGUCAAAAUGUCUGAUCGCAAGGCCGUGAUUAAGAAUGCUGACAUGAGCGAGGAGAUGCAGCAGGACGCUGUCGACUGCGCGACACAGGCCCUGGAGAAGUACAACAUUGAGAAGGACAUUGCUGCUUAUAUUAAGAAGGAGUUUGACAAAAAAUACAACCCGACAUGGCAUUGCAUUGUUGGACGCAAUUUUGGAUCGUAUGUUACACACGAGACGCGCCACUUCAUCUACUUCUACUUGGGUCAGGUGGCCAUUUUAUUGUUUAAGAGCGGUUAAAGUAUUGUCGAGUCGGAUGAAGUGGUGGUGAGGAGGCUGGCGGCGGUGCAGCGGCUGCAGGAGCAACUGCAACAGGAGCAAGGGCAGCAGCAGUAUCAGCGAGAACAUCAACAACAACAACAACUAGAACAACAAGAACAUGAACAGAUUGAACAACAAUUACACCAACAAUCCCCCCAACAACAUGAAAUUUAUGAAAAUAAGGUAGAAGAUCAAACACAACAACACCAUCAGCACGUUAAGCAACAACACGAAGCGGCAACUUCUCAACAACAACUCGAAGAAGAUGAUGGAGAAGAAGAAGGCGAUGAAGAAGCAGAUGAAAAUGAACCGGAUAUGGAAGAUCAACCCGAAAAGCACACAAACAGAGCCACACAAGCCGAAGAGGAGGAUGAUGAGUCUAUGGAACUAAGCGAAGAGGAGGAGGAUCAGGAGGAUCAGAAGGAUCAGGAUCAUGAUGACGAAGACGAAGACGAAGACGAUGAUGAUGAUGGCACCAUUGUCGAGGACAGCGAUGCCACCAGCUGUAGCAGUUGUCGUCGCGCCGAAAUCGAAGAUCAGCUCCAGAAUUCAACUCCACCAACUCCAGGAUCCAAUUAGUAGCUACUAGUUCCAUUUCUUCGGUCGUAUACCAUUUCAUAUAUAAACUACAAAAAGGAUAUAUGAUAAAAUACGAUGCAUGAUUUGUAAAUGUAAGGAAUACCCCUAUUGUUGGGCAGGGUAUUCCUUCCAUUCCAAUUUGUAGUGCACGAAAACGCCACCCAAAAAUCCCCAAAGAAUCUCGCUGAACUUGAAGAAAACAAUUGAAAGAAAAAAAAAACAAAAAAAAAAAAAUCAAGAAAAUGGCAGAGCAGAGCAUGAUGCAGCAAAAAAUAAUAAAAAAAAAAGAAUUAAAUACCAGACACAAAAUACACAAAAUACUAAAAAUGGUAUACCAACGUUAUUUUUAGCUAUCGAUCAUUAUUUCUCCACCAAAUCCUCAGUAUUUUGAUUUGGUUCUAUUAUUUUCGAAAAACACACCAUACACACACACCCACAACAUAUGAUAUAUGAUUUAAGUUGCCCACUGCCCGGCCCACCCCUCAACCUCCUCCGAUCAUCCAAAAAUUGUACCUCCUAAUUAUUUUUUUGGUUAAUAAAAAAAAAAAAGAAAGAAAAUGGAUACGAAAUGUAUAAUUAUGUGCUGGCGCUUUGUUUUUGGCCUUGUAUAAUUUUUUAUUUUAACUCAUAAACAUGCGAGAGAGCAAUUAAAACCAUUGUUACAUAACAAAAUCAACCGAAAAAUAAAUCAAGGAUUUUCUUUUUUUUUCCCCUA